AUGGGUUCAGUCAUUUCAUUUCUUACUGAUCACCGUUUUAUACCAUCGAAUGUUUUCGAAACGAAUUAUGGUAAAAUUCGUGGUAAGAAAAUUGACAUCUCAAAUGGCAGUGGUAAAUUUGUGAACGUUUUUCUUGGUAUUCCCUAUGCAAAACCACCAAUUGGAAUACGUCGAUUCAAGGAGCCGGAGCCAGUCGAAAGGUGGGAUGACAUUCGAGAUUGCACGAAGCACGCACCACGAGCACCUCAACGCGAUAUGAUUCUUGAUCGUCUCUAUGGUGCAUUACCGAAAAGCGAAGAUUGCUUAUACCUGAACGUAUUUGCACCCGAUUGUGAUACAUUCAAUACACAGGGCAAUGGUUGGGCGGUUUUGGUGUGGAUACACGGUGGUGCUUUCGCGGUUCAUUCGUCCGUGUGUUAUGGUGAUCUCGGAAUUUGCAAAUAUCUAUGUGCAAAAGAUGUUGUGGUUGUGACGUUACAAUACCGCCUCGGUUUAUUCGGUUUCUUAGCGACACAUGACGAUAGCUGCGUAACGAACAUCGGUUUACGCGAUCAAACGGCCGCUCUGAAAUGGGUAAAAGAGAACAUUCACUAUUUCGGUGGCAAUCCAGAUAAUAUAACCGUAUUUGGACAAAGUGCUGGUGGUGCUUGUGCCGAUAUACUUUCACUGUCACCCUAUUCAAGAGGUAUGGAUCAAGGCAGCGCUCUCCUUCAAUCGAGUGAUCGUUUAGAUCUCUUCCAUAAAGUGAUCCCAAUGAGCGGUAAUGCGUCAUGCAAGUGGGCAGUUCGUGAUAUCGCUCAUGUUCAGAGUGUUGUGAGAGCGCAUGCUGAGCCUGUUUCCGCUCUCGAAAUUGGCUUCGACGGUAAGCCAGGAUUCAAAACGAAUGCGCAAGAGCUGGAUAUUGUACCGGUUAUUGACGGUGAUUUCAUUCCUGAAUCAAUCGAUCAACUACGACGGAAAGCACCUCGAAAAUCUUGGAUGAUUGGAGUGAUGGAAUAUGAGGCUUUGCUUUUUGCACCAAUGAAGCGAAUUCGACCAUACGAAGAAAAAUUCCAGCAAAUGGUUAAUGAGGUUAUCUCAGAGGAAGACUACUUUGAUGCACUGAAACUGCGUGAUCGUGUUUAUCAGAUCUACAUAAGUGACGAUAAAUCAGACGAGAACAUGGUGCGAAGUCUCAUGAGGGUGAAUUCUUCGCUCAACCGAAUGUUGCUGUUCAUUUUUGCACACUGA